ACUUAAACAUAAGGCCAAAUAUUUCACUUCUUACACUUUGUACACAAACAUGUUUGUUAUCAAUAAGUCUUUCACUUCGAUAUUAAAAUAAUUUGUUCAUGAACUACAAGAAAAAAAAGUGUCUUCAAAAAAUAUGGCGGCUGUUUAGUUUCACCGGUUAACACAAGCAAUGUAAACCUGUUGCAAUCUAGUUCAUUAUCUAUAUCUGAGUAUAGUAAACCUUAUACCACAAAUGAGACAAAUAUCUGUGCUUAUACUAAGUGUAAGGUUCUGUGGUUUAUAACUACUACCACAGAUUUUAAGAACAAUUUUCAUAUAAUCUUUGCAAUUACGAUUGAUUUAAUAUUUAAAUCUGUGAUUGCAGUUUUCAAAGUUGGUUUGCAAAGGAAACAACUAUUACUAAUAAUAUAGUACAAUCAAAAAAAAUUAAACUCUACAUUAGUUAGUUACUUCUCUAAUUUGUAUAUUUAACUAUUGUUGCUAAUAUUUUUAAAUAUUAAAAAUGGAUAUUGAUUCAAUAUAUUCGAUGACCAGAAUUAGUGGUAUUAUCAAACGUAAAAAACGAAUGACUUCAUCAAGUCCAUCACAAAAAAAGUUCAAAAGUUCAUCUAGUGAUGUUCUAAGUGUGACUUCAGAUAGAUCUAUAUCUAAAAGUUUAGCAUAUGGUAAUAGAUAUGAAUCGGACGAUUUUGACUCUGAUGAUUCAAUGAUGAGUAUAUUGAACAUAUCUAAUGAACAAUCUACAGUUAACAUAAUGCCUUUAGAAACUUCUAACUUGACUAGAGAGAAUGGUGUAUUAUUUUCAGAAGAUUUGGAUGAAUGUGAAAUUUGGACUUUACAAGGAGAUGAUAUUGACAUGGAAGACAUGAUUGGAAAAACUAUUGAUUUUGACAACUUGACUGUAUUAAAAAGCAAUAAUUUAUUAUCUCACAAAAUUGAUGUUAUACCUUUAAGAUGUCAAGAAGAAACUAAAAUUACAAUUAUUGCCCCAUCUAAUCAGACAAAACAAUUGUCACUAAAUGUUAUUCCAUUAUAUGGUAAAUUACUUUUAUCUAGUAGAGUUUAUUUAGAUAAAUAUACAAAUUUUGAUUUACCAAUCGAUACAGUAGAAGAUGCAGCUCAACAACGAUUAGAGUUAAAGUCAAAUAUUAUAAAAAGAUUAACUAACAAUUAUGAUUUUAUUUCUCCACUUGUCAAAUUUGAAUUACCUCAUAUCAAAACUGAAUAAUUUUAAAGUAAUAAUGUUAUAAGCAAUUAUUUUAUGUAAUAUGAAAGAACCCAUUUGUUAAAGUUAUUUUUUUAAAAAAUCAUUCUUUGUAGAAUUUGUUUUGUCAUAUGAUUUUGUAAAAUAUCACCAAUGUUUUAAAUUUAAAUUCUUACUUUUGA